UUUCCUUGAGUGUGGAUGCUGUGGCUUAAGAUAUUCCUCUUCCUCAAGGGAGGCACCUUGAUGCUGGUGAGGAGCUCUUGAUGCAAGGAACUGGGUUUGUCCUUGUCUUGGAUCAAACCUGAAUGCUUCUGCUUCCUCAAGCGUUAUAUGACCCAAUACACUGGGCAUGAAAGGAUCAUGGAGAAGUUUGCUGUUGAUCUUGAUAAAGUGCUGGACGACUUCGAAUUAGACGAGGAUGAGAGUGAAUCUGUAAACCAGUAUGAAAAGUUACAAUUGGAAUUCUGCCCAGAUGGUGGGGGGGGCACUAUACCACCAGCUUCUGGAAGACAUGGUGUAGGACUGGGUGCUUUUGGUGGAUGGAGUGAACCUUUGCAACCUCAAGCAAUUGGAGCUGCAGCUGCUGCUCAACCUUGGUGUGGAGUGGGACUUGACAGAGAGGCCCAACCACCUGGAACACGGAGCCCACCAGAUGGCCAAAAUGAUGACAGUGAACCGCCUGCAGCAUGCUCUCAACCACCACCUUUACUGCCAUUCCACCCUAAUGUGCAGUUACUGCCUUCAUCACAAGUGCCACAGUUACACAUGGGUGAUGUCUUGGACUCAUCUGCCCGAACAGGAAAUGUGCUUAUGAACCAGCAUUCUGCUGUUUCACAAGCAUUAUGGCCAGUAAUGGCUACUCCCUCGGCAGGGACCUUCUCACAAGUUGCUAUGCCUAAUGUUCAACCUGAGCCAUAUGCUGCUGAAAAAUUUGGAUUACCAUUAAGUAGUGGAGGUUCAGGUAGUGUUAGCUCUCGUGUACCUGCUAUGCCACCAGACUAUCAUAAUCCUGGGCUUCCUGUGACCAGUUCUGCAAAUGCAAUAAAUGGUGAUGCAGGAAAUGAUACUUUGGGAAAAAAUAUUCCAUGUGAAGGACUUGAUGUAAUUGCAUCUAGACCUUUAGAUGUCGUUCCAUUAAGUGUACCUCCAGACCGAGGUCUGGCAGGUGGGCAUGAAACUAGACAUCCAGAUAUAAUUGACAUAUGGCAAAGUGGCACAGAGGCUAGUACAUCAGCGCACCCACCUAGCGAACGAGCACAUCCAGAGGUAAUAGAUCAUGAGCAAACUACCAGUGGUGUCCAGGAAAGAGUACAGGAAGUGGGAAAUGAAAAUGCCACUGGGUCAGUUAAUGGUGUGGAACAGCAGGAACAUAGAUUUCUGCCUGAUCUCAUGGCAGUGAACAGUGUUGACAGUUCAGCAGCCAGUGAAGGAACACACAAUGGUGUAGAAUACUCUGAACCUGCAAUUGUUAUGGAAAAUGCUCUUUCUAAUAUACAAUUGAAUGAACCUGCCAUUGUAAUGGAAAGUCACUCUUGUAGUAGAAUACCCGAGGUUGUAAAUGUUCACCAAACAGCUGAACAGCAGGGUCAUGUGAAAACCACUUCAUCCACAGUUGAAGAAAUUAGUAAUGCAUCUGCGUCGGAUGAUGUGAGCCAUGCUCCUCAUAGCGAAAGUGUUCAUAGCAUUUAUGAUGAGCCUGGCAUUUUCCAGGAUCAUAUAAACCCAGUCUGUGAUAAUAUAGCUAGACUAGACAUUCAGACCUCUAAUGCUGCAAGUGUGGUUCCACAGCUACCAUCACAGUCAUCUCUUCCUGAUGUAAGUUCUGUUAGCAUUACUCCCAUCAGCUUUAGCAAAAAUUCAGAUAUUGAUGAUGCAGAUCUUGAUGCUGAGCUUGCAGAGUUGGAAGAAGAACAGUUCCGGUUGCAGGGAGCAUAUGGUGGAAGUGUGGCAAGAUCACUGAGCGGUGGUGGAGACAGCACAACAGAUAUCAGUAGUUCUGAAAUUCCCCGAACUCAUACAGCUAGUUUAGCUGUUGGUCCAGAUUUAAUAGGUGGCACAAGUACCUCUCAGCCUGCAUUAGGUGUUGAUGUAGGCAGCAGUGAAGCACAAGCUACAAGUGCCCUGGUAGAAAUUGAAGAGAUUACAGACAGUGAAUCUUCAGUGUGGCAGACACAUGUCAGCGAUAUUGAAGAAAGACAUAGCUCCUUAGUUAGUAACCCAGACAUUACUGCCCAGGAAAAUAUUAGCUUCUCUGAUCAUCCUGCUGCAGGAGCUGUUGAGGAAGUGAUAUGCCAUCCCUAUAGAAAUGAAAGUGAUGUCAGUAAAAGUUUAAGAGAAAGGGAUCCUGAGGGAGAUGCAGGUGACAAUUUAUCAUGUAAUAGUACAGGCACAGAUACAAUGUCCUCCAGUAGCACUCUUACCGAUGGAGAUCUUGGCUCACCAGAGAGACGACAACAACCUAUUACUCAACCUGAAUCUCCCUCAAGGAUUACACCAGGGACUUUGGUAACUGCUGUGUACGAUGAUGACAGUGGUUCUGGGAGAGAAGAUGAGGGGAGCAGUGAUCUUUUGGGAGCAGCAGAAGCAUCAGCCUGCCAGUCUAAUCCUACUGAGAGCAAUGGAAGUCUUGUUGGUCAUGUGGCUCCAUUCUGGAUCCCUGAUGAAGAUGCACCAAAUUGCCAAGAAUGUGGUUUAAAGUUUACUGUGAUUCGCCGACGUCACCACUGUCGAGCUUGUGGGCGAGUAUUGUGUGCUCAGUGUUGUCAUCACAAGGCCCCUCUUCCAUAUAUGGACUACAAAGAGGCUAGAGUGUGUGGAACGUGUCUACAAAUCAUACAGGCAGGGCAAGAUGAUGCACAUGACAGAGAAAUAAGGCAGAGUCGGCAACAGUCCGACAGCCAGCGACACCCACCAGACCCUAAUAAUCCUAUGGAGUACUGUUCUCGUGUGCCCCCUCCUCAGCAGGUAGCAGCUUCAGCUGCUAUUCCCCCUCCCACUGUUAUGGUCCCUGUUGGUGUCUUGAAGCGUGAAGGCAGUAGCAGUAGCGCUAGGAGUCGGGGAAACAAACAAGUGAUUUUCAGUGAUGGCAUCCGGCCUGGUGGUGACCUGACCGAGCUUGAUGGGUCGGGGGAACUCCUUACCCCUUACCGCAGAUCGGGACGGGUGACCAGGAGGGUGGAUCGUCCCACCACCGGCAGUGGUGUUGGCAGUAGUACAGGCGGGUUACUUCGCUCCCUCCCCCCUGACCGCUGCCUCAUCCCCCCUGGGGCUGGCCUUCCCCCUGUGGUGGUUCAGGCCCCUACCACUGGAGAGUAUGUGUUUGAGGACAACCCAGACAGCAGCAAGCUGGAGCAACAGAUGAGAGGAGAUGGGCCGCCGGUUGUCUUUGCUGUUCAUAAGAACCUCACCGUCCUAGUCAAAAUGGUUAAAUUGGAGUGUUGUGUGGGCGUGGAAGUGUGGAAUGUGGCAACCCGUGGCUUGUGUACAGUGGGCCAGGAGGAGAUGGUGGUCCUCCUGGAGGUAUCGCCUGGUGAAACCCACCCUCCCAGAGACAUAUUUGCCUUCCUUUCCACACCUUUUUAAUCGGGGAUCAAGCUAAUCAAGGUCCUAGCCAAAACAAUUUUUACCGAACCAAAAGGAUUUCUGGGGUCCCGGGAAAGCACGGGGUUGCUUCUUAAAAUCCGACCCACUUUUCCCAUUUGCCUGCGCAAUUGGGGGUUUUUCCCCCCCCCCUCACCUUAUAUUUUUGCCGUCCUUAUUCAGAAGUGGGAGACACCAUGGGCAAAGGUUUUUCCACUUCGUUUAAUGCUGCGCAUGGGUGCAGAGUUUCGCUACUAUCCAUGUCCUCUUGUGUCUGCACGCAACAGGAAACCAGUCUUUUGUGAGAUUGGCCACACUAUCAUGAACCUUCUUGUGGUGUUCCGUAAUUGUUACACCGUCCCUGGUAUUGAAGGUUGUUUCCAAUGGAAGAUAAAAACCAUUUACUUUCCAAAAAACAGAUAUGAACAGGUAACGAAGGCCCUGAGCAAUAGUAAUGACCACGUUCUGGCCCUUGGGGCCAACUUUAGUCCCCAAGCUGACUCCCACUUGGUUACCAUUGAGAAUGAUGAUGGCCACUACUCCACCCAGGCCAUAAAUAUUCAUAAUCGGCCACGUAGAGUGACGGGAGCAAGUUUUAUUGUCUUUAAUGGUGCCCUGAAGACAACUUCUGGUCUAUCUGCAAAGUCCUCCAUUGUAGAAGAUGGUCUUAUGGUUCAGAUCCCAUCAGACAUGAUGACUAAAUUGAGAGAAGCAUUGCAAAACAUGAAGGACUUUGUAAUUCCCUGUGGUCCGGUUUCUGCCAGCCAGCCUGAUGAAGUUGUCAUCAUCAAGUGGACUAGUGAUGACAAAAAUUUUAAUGUUGGCAUUAAAAGCCCAGUUGAUGAGAAACAGAUGGAUGGGAUUCCAUCGGUAAAGAUUCACUCAGGUACUGAUUAUGUCAGUAAUGCUCAUCUUAUCCGAUGGACAGAAGUCUUCGUAAUGCAGGGGGAGACGAACAAAAGCAAUGAUGUGAACUCAGCCGCUUGUCAAGUUAUUGGCAGAUCGUUUUGUGUGGCUCUUACCCCCCAUUUGGCUGACUUUUAAAACAGUGGGGGAAAAAGCCUUUGGGCUGCGACCACAAUUCAUCAAGAUAGUGUGGGUUAUGAAGCAGGUAGCAGUGGCAGUCGUCUCCCAGCUUCAUGUAUGAAUGACCUGGAUAUGGAAUUGAUUCCCGUGAUUCAUCGAGCAGCAACAAACAUUACUGAUCAGCCAAUCAUACUGGAGCUUGUGUUUCAUAUUAUGGAGCAGUAAAGGUGACUUAGGUUGUUCCUGUAUUUUUUUUUCCACUUUAAAUUUGGUAAGUUAAUAUUGAGUUGCAAAACAGUAAUUUCUUUACUUAUUGAGCAGCUAAAGAAUGUAUGUACUUACAAGUGAUGAGGUGUUAAUACUUUUAUGAAAUGUACAGACAGUAGCUUCACCUAAGUCCUUAUUUUACAGUUUAGGACAGUAUUCUUGAUU